GACCCGCCACCUCCCUCCUUCCCUUGCUCCCUCCUGGGCUGCGGCUGCUGCAACGGCGGCGACGGCUGCGGUGGCGGCAGCAGCCGGAGCAGUCUGGAGGCCGGCGUCCAGGAUUUGCUGCUAUCUCUGCUGCUCCAUCCUCCUCUCAGAGGCCCUCUCCCCUCUCCCAUCUCAAGAUGGCAGCCAGCAGCUCUGAGGUCUCUGGAUUGAAGGGGACAGAGGAGGGUCUCCAGACCCAGGGAGAAGGACCUGGCCAUUCUGAGGCCAAAACUGGCCCUCUCCAGGUCCCAGCUGGGGUCCCAGAUGAGCCAGAGGCCCUGCAGCCAAGUCCAGACAUCACUGGGGCCCCUAUGGACUCAGAGCCCAAAGCUGAGAUGGCUCCAGAAAUCACAGAGAUCCCAACAGGGGCCCCAGAAACAGCCCAGGCCAAAGACCUUAGCCCAAGCUCAGGAGGGGAACCAAAGGUCAACUCCAGUCCCAAAAAAGCAUGCCAAGAGCCAGCAUCCCAGCCAGAAGUGAGCAAAGAGGUAACUGCAGACCAGGGGACCAACCUGGAGUCUGCAGGCCUGUUUGAGCCAGCCUCAGAGCUCACUUCCCAGCUGGACCCUCAGUCAGGCUCCCAGCCCACCCCCAAGCCAGCCCUUCAGACAGAGCCUCCUACCCAGGAGGACCCCACCACUUUGGUCUUGACUGAGAGUCAAGGAGAAAAGCAGGAGAAUGGGGCAGUGGUUCCCCUGCAAGCUGGUGAUGGGGAAGAGGGCCCAUCCCCCAAGCCUCACUCACCACCUUCAACAAAACCCGCCCCAGCCAAUGGGGCUACCCCCCGCAUGCUGCAGCAGCUUGUUGAGGAAGACCGACUAGGAAGGGCUCACAGUGGGCAUCCAGGAUCUCCCCGAGGUAGUCUGAGCCGCCACCCCAGCUCCCAGCUAGCAGGGUCUGGCAUAGAGGGGGGUGAAGGCACCCAGAAACCUCGGGACUACAUCAUCCUCGCCAUCCUGUCCUGCUUCUGCCCCAUGUGGCCUGUCAACAUUGUGGCCUUCGCUUAUGCCAUCAUGGUGAGCCUCAUGGGACCCUGGCUUCCUGCACUGGAACAAAGCCGCAGGAGUGCCUGGCCUUCCCUCUCUGCAUGGAUCUCACUUCCGAGUCACAGGACCUUGCUUGCCUUUCCUUAGGACUUCACCCUCUGAGCCACUAUUGCCCCAUCCCUUCAGGUGGGAGGGAUAUCCAGACAUGUUUCACACAGCCUUGCUGACCUGUGCCCUCCUCCCCCUUGCCUCUCUCCUUCCUCCCUAACUAUGGCUGGCCUGUCUCCUCUGGAUGACUCUUUCACCUGAUCCCUGCUGGGCUGGCUUCUCCUGACCUGGGCCAUGGUACCCCACCCCUCACCCUAACCUCAGUCCAGGAACAGUCUGCAGCAGGGGGAUGUGGAUGGGGCCCAUCGUCUGGGUCGAGUGGCCAAGCUCUUAAGCAUCGUGGCGCUGGUAGGGGGGGUCCUCAUCAUCAUCGCCUCCUGCGUCAUCAACUUAGGCGGUGAGUGGGGGUCUGGGACAGGCUGGGAGGAAUGGAAGGGUUGGCAAGGGCUGCUUUACUAACUCUUGCCCCCCCCCCCCCACUCUCUCCUGUCCUCUCUACUCCUUUGUCUCUCCUUGUCUCCCUCCUCCCUCCUCCACCCCAACUGUCUGUCUGUCCCUUCCUCUCCUCUUCCACAGUGUAUAAGUGAGGGGCUCUGCCCUGCAUUCCAAGACUUUUCUUCCUGUUGGGAGCUGCCUUGGGCCCAUCCUCCCCUGCUCCCCCUGAGGGGAGCCCAAUUGAUGGCCCAGGCCCACACCCAUAGGGACCAAGGGAGCCUGAGCAGCCUUGUUUACAGUUUCUUUCCUGCUCCUGCAUCUUGCCAGGUUCCUCUGCCAACUGUAGGCCUCCCUUCUCCCUGCACUGUUUCCAGUCUCCCUGCACUUCUGCCUGCAGCCAGUCCAGCCUCUUGGUCUCCCUAUUUCUGCACUUCUGGAAACCUCCCUGAACAUCUCCCGAACUCUGCUCUCAGCCCAUCUUCAUCUCUCCUAUCCUUCCUGCACUUCUUCCAACCUCCCAAAUUGCUGGCACAUCAACCCUGACCUCCCCCUCCCCAACUUCCACUGUCUUUGCAUCUUCCCCUAUUCCUUUCUUCCUUCUCUCCUUUAUCAUUUCUCCUUUCCUCUCCACACCCUCUGCCCUCUUCCUCCUCCUGCCUCAUCUACCCUCAGCAUCCUUUCCUCCCCUAAGGAUCCUCUCCUCCACUGUCCUGCCACCGUUUAUUCUGCAAAAACUCCAGCACUUAGAUCAGGCUAGGGGAGGGCGGCGACGUCAGGAGAGGACUCUCUAGCCCCGGUGCUGUUCUCUGCUGGGACCACCUAGGUCUGAAUGCCUACAAGGCGUCAUGGGGUCGCAGAGCUGGCAAACCGGGGCUCGUUUGGGGACUUGUGCAGGAGUGGUGAGCGCUGUUCCAAACACGCACCUGGGAGAAGGCAGGCGGUGCAGCUGUUGACCCUCCAUUGUCAGCCUGAAUUGACCUGCAGCACCCCCCUACCCCGCCCCCGCCCCGGGCUUUUUAACCAUGUUGGCGAGUUUCUUGAAGGCAUAGGGGGCUGAAGUCACUCACGUGCUUUGUAAUGAAAGAACCCCCCAAACAGGACCAGAGCCCCCAGCCUCAAGGAGCGAGGACGGGGUGGAGAGCUUUAUAACUAAUUAUUUUCUAGGAGGAGGAGGGAGGUGUGUUGUACGCCACAGUCCGCUAGGGAGGCGGAGACCGAGCUACGACGUGGUUUGGAGUUAGCGGGGUUUUUUGUUUCCUUUAAAAAAAGUGUGUGUGGAGGGGGAAAACGUAAAAGUCAAAAAAAAAUACAUUUAACUGAUUCUCCCUUUUUGUAUGUCGGAUGCUGCAUGAGCCUGAAACACCAAUAAAUGGAGACUGCAUGAAACUCUCCUCCAGCCUGAGUUGGUCCUCCCGUCGGUUCACCACGGGGUGCGCUAGUACUGCCUCUUUGGGGGAGAACCUACUAGAUAGUAUGCGCCUGCACCGUCCCGGCGGCCAUCUUUACUGUGGGUGGAAGCCUAUAAUGCCCAAGCGCCUAUCUGCGCAUGUGCAAGCCUUCCUUUGCUUUCCUCUUCCAAGUAGCUUUCACUAGAGUGGAGCCUUCCGCGCCAUCUCUAUGCGCCUGCGUACUGCGACCCUGCGCAGCCUGCGAGGCAAGCCUUAGCUCCAGGUGUGUACGGCGGCUGAGGUAGCGGAACUGCGAGGUGUGGAGAGGGGCGGUGUGAAGGCGAGAAGAACGGUCUGACCGAGAAAGUGGUUUCUGCAGUUCCCGGGGAACAUUGAGUACCGGAUCUCAAUCCUUGGGGCGGGGUACUUGGAGGAAACUGAGCGCCCCCUCCUGGGAACGCGCGGUCUGGUCGCAGGGACCGCUGUUGGAGCCUGAUUGGUUGGAGAGACAUCUUUGGGGACACCCCUGGGGAGCCCAGUUCCUGGGGGUCGGGGGAAUCCCCCGCUUAGCACUCCUGCCUCACCUAUAAUCGCAGGGUUCCUUCCCUAGUGGCUUAUGUCCCUUGUCCGGGGUCAUGGAGAUAUUGCGGCCAGCACGGCAGCGCCUCUGUCUGAAGAAGGGGAAGUGACCUCCGGCCUCCAAGCUCUGGCGGUGGGAGAUACCGGAGUCCCCUCGGCUUCGGCCAAUAAAGCCGAGGAAGAGGGGGAAGGAGUACGGGAGGAGGCCGAGCGUGAGGGGUCUGGGAUCGAGGAGGUGCAGGGAGAAGCCCCCAGCGCUGAGGGUGAAGAGCAUGCCAAGGGAGAAUCCGAGGACUGGUGCGUGCCCUGCAGCGAUGAGGAGGUGGAGCUGCCCGCGGAUGGGCAAUCCUGGAUGCCCUCCCCUUCUGAAAUCCAGCGGCUCUAUGAACUGCUGGCUGCCCACGGUACCCUGGAGCUUCAGGCCGAGAUCCUGCCCCGUCGGCCACCCACGCCUGAGGCCCAGAGUGAAGAGGAGAGAUCUGAUGAGGAGCCAGAGGCCAAAGAGGAGGAAGAGGAAAAACCGCGCAUGCCCACAGAAUUUGACUUUGAUGAUGAGCCAAUGACACCAAAGGACUCCCUGAUUGAUCGGAGACGCACCCCAGGAAGCUCAGCUCGGAGCCAGAAACGGGAAGCCCGCCUGGACAAAGUCCUCUCAGACAUGAAGCGACACAAGAAGCUGGAGGAGCAGAUCCUUCGUACUGGCAGGGACCUGUUCAGCCUGGACACAGAGGACCCCAGCCCCAGCAGUCCCCCACUCCGGUCCUCAGGGAGUCUCUUCCCCCGGCAGCGAAAAUACUGACUGGUGCUCCUAGGGCCUUUCUUCCCUAACUCAGGGUGCUGGGAAACUUGGAAGAGGAGCAAAACUCCAAGUUCCUAACACAGCACCUUGCGAGAAAGAGGGCAUGUGUGUGUGUGUGUGUGUGUGUGUGUGUGUGUGUUUUCUGUUGAACAUUUAUUUGAAAACCUGGCCUGCAAUUUCUGAAUCUAAAAUAAAAAAUACAAAGUUA